UCAAAACAAAUCUCGGAAUUAAAUCAAAUUUAUUAACUGUUCAGGUUGAGUAGAGAGAGAAAGAGGAUCACUAUUCAUCUCUUCUCAACUCUCUUUACACAGACGAAUCCUCACUCUUUCUCUCUACAGUCCAAUCCUCACUCUCUAUGCAACUCAUACCGAGUACCUUAAAAAUUAAAACCCUAAUUUUUCUCCAUCAUUUCUCUCCCUUCUCCGCAUUUCACCACCAUUUUUUUCUUCCUAGAUUGGAGGCAUAGAAUAAAACCUUCGAUCUCUGUUUCCCCUACCUCGAAUCUCUGCAUCUCCCUUCCAGGUACCUCAAAACCCUAUUUUGUCUCCCUUUUUCCUGUCUGGCCCCUCCAUUUCGCUCCCAUUCAGUGUGCAUUUCUCCUAAAUGGAGGCCAAACCCCUCUGAUCUCGGGUUCUCUCAUACUUGAGUCUCUGCAACUUGAUUUUGAAACUACAUUUGUGGACAGAUUUUGGAACUACAUUUGCGGACAGUUAGGGUAUUUGGAUGUUAGAGAGUAGAUCUGCUUUGUAACAGGAGCAGCCAUGGCCGAUUCUUCUGGCACUUGUGAAGAUGCCGAGGUCUCGGCCGAGCUCAACUGUAGCAGGCCCAUGGUGCCUGAGCCUUCAUCUGGCUCUUUCAAGAGUGAGGCCAAGGUUAGGAGGAGGACUUCGAUUAGGCCAAGCUUGGAAGCUGAUGAGUUUAUUAACUUGCUUCAUGGGUCCGAUCCGGUAAAGGUCGAGCUUAAUCGCCUUGAGAAUGACGUUAGAGACAAAGAUAGGGAAUUGGGGGAAGCGCAAGCAGAGAUCAAGGCAUUGAAGCUUUCAGAACGCCUGAGAGAAAAAGCAGUCGAAGAGCUUACGGAGGAGUUAUCAAAGGUGGACGAGAAGCUCAAGGCAACUGAAAAUCUUCUUGAGAACAAGAAUCUAGAGAUUAAGAAAUUAAAUGAUGAGAAGAAGGCCUCUAUGGCCGCCCAAUUUGCAGCUGAAGCAACUCUUAGAAGGGUUCAUGCAGCUCAGAAAGAUGAUGACAUGCCCCCAAUUGAGGCCAUUCUUGCUCCUCUUGAGGCAGAGCUCAAGCUUGCCCGGCAGGAGAUUGCAAAGCUUCAAGAUGACAACAAGGCAUUGGACCGGCUUACCAAAUCAAAGGAAGCAGCGUUGCUUGAUGCCGAGAGGACUGUCCAGUUUGCUUUGGCCAAAGCUUCCAUGGUGGACGAUUUACAAAAUAAGAAUCAAGAGCUGAUGAAACAAAUUGAAAUCUGCCAGGAAGAAAACAAGAUCUUGGAUAAAAUGCAUCGGCAGAAGGUUGCAGAGGUGGAGAAGCUGAGCCAGACAGUUCGUGAAUUAGAGGAAGCUGUUCUUGCUGGUGGGGCUGCUGCAAAUGCCGUUCGUGAUUACCAACGAAAAGUUCAGGAGAUGAAUGAAGAGAGGAAGACCCUGGAUCGUGAACUGGCCCGUGCAAAGGUCACUGCCAAUCGGGUUGCCGUUGUGGUUGCUAAUGAAUGGAAGGAUGCAAAUGAUAAAGUUAUGCCUGUUAAGCAAUGGCUUGAAGAUCGAAGGUUUAUGCAGGGAGAAAUGCAACAACUUCGAGAUAAAUUGGCUAUAGCAGAACGUACUGCAAGAUAUGAAGCCCAGUUGAAAGAGAAGUAUCAGCUACGGCUGAAGGUAUUGGAAGAUAGUCUAAAAGCUUCCACAACUGGUAAUGUUCGCCCCUCAUCUGAAGGAAGAAGCACCAGUAAUGGUCCUUCUCGCCGCCAGUCCCUUGGUGGAUCUGAGAACUUCUCUAAAGUGGCUUCCAAUGGCUUUCUGAGAAGAUCCCCAUCUACCCAGCUGAGGUCUUCAACAUCUAGCAGCACAAGUAUAGUCUUGAAGAAUGCAAAAGGAACAUCAAAGUCUUUCGAUGGUGGUACCAGAUCAUUGGACAGGAGCAAGAUAAUCUCUAACGGGAUAGCAUUAAAUGGUACCAUCAGUAAGAUAACUGAUGGAACUAGAACUAAUGACACCAGUAGUACUUGGAAGGAAGACUCAGGUGGCAAGCCAAAUGAGCUUGCUAAGCAUGACCCAGAUGAUACUGUAUCGGGGUUGUUGUAUGACAUGCUGCAAAAAGAGGUCAUUGCUUUAAGAAAAGCUAGUCAUGAAAAGGACCAAAGCCUGAAAGAUAAGGAUGAUGCAAUUGAGAUGUUAGCGAAAAAAGUUGAUACGCUGUCCAAAGCAAUGGAGGUUGAGGCAAAGAAAAUGCGAAGAGAAGUAGCCGCCAUGGAGAAGGAGGUAGCUGCUAUGCGAAUAGAGAAAGAGCAUGAUCAAAGAGCAAAGCGACUUGGUAGUUUCAAGGGUUCUGUAAAUAGUUCACAGUUGCUUCCUGGAAGAAAUGUGAGGAACUCAUAAUGAGUUGCCAAACCCCCAUAUCGCAGAGAUCAUGACGCAUCUGUGCUAGUAUAUGUCAUCAUGGUACAUGUCUCUCUCUCUCUCUCU